CUUAUCACCUACCAAAACAAACACACCUCCUUGAUAUAUAUGUAGAAAGGCUCAGACAGAUGAUAAUGAGUCAUCAUAAAUUCCACCACCCAUCCUGCAACGGGAAUUCAAUUCACCCCCCGUUCUCACUCUCUUUGGGAUUUGCGAAGUGCAAACCCAAGGAACUGCAACUCUCAUCUCUCUGGAAGAAAACGAAAAAGAAAAAGAAAAAGCUCCCAAUCUCUUGCUGUAGCCUGUCUGCCUGUGCUCUUUAAAUGCACAUGCAGAUUCGAGAUUUGGUCUCCAACAUUAUAAAAUGCCCAGAAAACAGUAGGGUGAGGAGGUGCCCGUCACACAUUCCAAUAGCCCCUGACGCCCUGCUCUUGAUGCUUAAGCGUUUCUAGAACCAAGCAGUUUAGGCAAUUCGCAGGUGCUGAGUCCUUUGUCAGAAAAAAAAAAAAUUGUUUUUUGGUUUGUCUACAAAUAUAUUGGGUGUGUGUGGGCUGGCUGUGCGAUCGAUUUCGUGUUUUUUGAUUCCUCAUUCUGGGUGCUCUUGGAGAGUCUCCGGUUGGUUUGCAAAGAUGAGCUCUGUUGAUGGUGUUGGGGUUAGCCCCGGAAACGUUCCAGUAUACCAUGGGGAUAAUUUGAAGGCGAUGAUCGACAGAAGGGUGAGACUUGCGGAGAUGGUUUUAAGAUGUCUGAUAUGUGGACUAGGUGUUCUUGCAGCUGUUCUUAUUGGAUCUGAUACACAGGUCAGGGAGUUCUUUACAAUUCGAAAGAAAGCAAAGUUCACAGACAUGAAAGCUCUUGUGCUUUUAGUGGUAGCUAAUGGGAUUGCUGCUGGUUAUUCCCUCAUCCAAGGGCUGCGUUGUGGGCUAAGUAUGAUAAAGGGUAGUGUGCUCUUCAACAAGCCGUUAGCUUGGGCCAUUUUCUCUGGCGAUCAGGUGAUGGCUUAUUUGUUGAUGGCUUCUCUGGCAGCAGCCGCACAAUCGUCAGUAAUAGCUCGGUUGGGCCAACCGGAGUUCCAAUGGAUGAAGGUUUGCAGUCUGUAUGAGAAGUUCUGCACCCAAACAGGGGAGGGAAUGGCGAGUGCGCUUGUAGUUAGUCUUGGUAUGAUAACGCUCUCUUGUAUAUCAGCCUUCAACCUCUUCCGCUUGUAUGGAGGUAACAAAGCUAAAAGCAGUGGGAGAUGGUAGGUCAUAGGUGGGGGGUAUGUGGUUCCCAAAUCCACCACCUUUCCAUCCAUCUGGCUCUACUCAAUAGUCAAUACCAUACCUUCAAUUUCAAAGGAGUUAGAACUGGUGUAAAUUUUGUUGCUUUUAUUGUACCUGGAAUGGGCUUUGUCAAUUGUAUUUGUAGCCUUGCUUUCUUUCCAAAUUUAACGACAUCACAGUUGUAUUUGGUGAUGAAUGUAAGAGUUCUGAGUUCGCUCACCAAAAACAAAAACCAUCCAGCUUUUCUCAAUUAAUCCCUUGUUCAUAAGCUUUUUCCCCUUC